GAAGUAGGUGCUUCCUGGGAGCAGGUGCCGAGAGAAGCGUGGCUGCAAAGAUGAUUCAGGCGAUCCUGGUUUUCAACAACCACGGGAAGCCGCGGCUGGUCCGCUUCUACCAGCGUUUCCCAGAAGAAAUUCAACAGCAGAUCGUCCGAGAGACUUUCCACCUUGUCCUCAAGCGAGAUGACAACAUCUGUAACUUCUUGGAGGGUGGCAGUUUGAUUGGUGGCUCUGACUACAAACUCAUUUACCGGCACUAUGCUACCCUCUACUUUGUGUUUUGUGUGGACUCAUCAGAGAGUGAACUUGGGAUCUUGGACCUCAUCCAGGUUUUUGUGGAGACUCUGGAUAAGUGUUUUGAAAAUGUGUGUGAAUUGGAUUUGAUUUUCCAUAUGGAUAAGGUACACUACAUCCUCCAGGAGGUGGUGAUGGGUGGGAUGGUGUUGGAAACAAACAUGAACGAAAUCGUGGCUCAGAUCGAGGCUCAGAACAGGCUGGAGAAGUCGGAGGGUGGCCUUUCAGCAGCCCCUGCCCGUGCUGUGUCUGCUGUGAAAAAUAUGAACCUACCAGAGAUUCCCCGCAACAUCAACAUCGGUGACCUCAACAUCAAGGUCCCCAACCUGUCCCAGUUUGUCUGAGGGUGGAGGAUUGGGCUGAAGUGGAGUCCUUCAGAUGAGCAAAGCCAGUCAAGUCUGGAAGCAGAACCCCUGAGCCCUAGAGGAGCAGAGCCUCAGGACCCUGAACUUUCUGCUUGGGAAGAGCAUUUGACGUGGAGCGGGAAGGGAUUGAGGUGCACACAGUGUGAGCAUGCUGAGCCUCCCACCACAGACCUGCUUUCUCAUCCACAUGGCCGCCUAUGCACUGCUGCACCCUGGGAACAGGGGCUUAUGGAGCAGGCCCGCCUGCUGCCCAGAGUCUGCCACUAGCCUGAGCAUGUUCCCUGACUGGAAUCCUCAUGACCACAGGCUUCCAAGGUCCUGCAGCACUCACUUGUGUUGAGACGCUGUGGGGUGUGGUGAGGGCAGGGCUUAAGGGAACCACAGUUACCCGCUGGCUCUCUGAGGGUCGUCAUACUCAGAAUCCUUUUGUUUAGUCAAGCUUUUUGGGCACUGCCUGCUACAGUCAUUCCCCACACUGACUGGCCUAAUGCCAGUUGUUCCCACAAGUGUCUCUGUAAGACACAGUCCAAAUCAUAACACCUGGUGCGUGCCUUCACACAUACACCCCCUACCUGGCUGAGACAGCCUCCUCCCAGAGCAGAGGCCCUGCAUCUAUAGAAGGCGAAAGCCGACAACGUGCAGACCAUCACAGAAUUAACCACUCUCCCAAGUUUAAAGCUUGCUCCUCCUGGGGACAGAAGGUUCAGGUGCUGUGUUCUGAAUGAUAACUCCCAUCAAUAGGAAGCCCACUGCCCCUGUCCCACCUUCUGAAGCCUGAGAACUUGGACCGUGGCUGCCAUGGGGCCGGACUGGCACUGGCUGGCCAAGGCUGGUGCAGACAGAGCUGCUGUCCCAGGUGACCUUUUCCCAGGGUUUUGGAGACCCAUGGGCACUUCCAUGUGAGAAGAGUCUCUUCCUGUGGCUGCGUUGGACCUAACGCUGCCUUCAGAGUAGGGCUUCUGCACUGCUCGAAGGCAGGGUCUUGGAUGACCUUGCUCCUUGAAAUAAGGUGCUGACUGCGUGUGCAUGGAAGUCUCCCAGCUGGGGACCCACACUCAGGCCUCUUGACACUGUUGCAAAGCAGAUCUGAGGUGGUGCCCAGCAGGACCAUGUGUCAGGCUGGUCGCCUCUCUGUCUGGUCUGCGUAUUCUCUGUCCUGUCCUCGCUCUUUCUUUCAUUACCUCUCUGGUGACCUUGGAGGUGGAGGUUGAGCAGAAGGCAGGCUCCUGUGAGGUUGGAGAAGGGGGGUGUAGGCAAAUAGAUUUCAUGGAAAACCCUAAUGCCAGUCUCUCAAAGGCUUGAUUUGUGUGUGUGUGGUGGGGCAGGGGUCAUUUCAGCACAUUCAUGUCCCUUUCAUGUUUCCUGAAUGAGAAACUGGAAUAAAAGAAGGAAACCAGUGUUUAUUUUGCAUCUACUGGGAAGUGGAACGAGAAGACCCUGUGUCAGUCCCCCACCAAGGUGUUCUUAUCCUUGUUUUAUAGUUGGAGAAGGUAGAUGAGAAAGGUUAGGUGACCUGCUUUUAGGUCACAUGGAGCUAAGAUCCAAAGCUUUACCUGUCUGCCUGGCUCUAGUCCUUUUUUCCCUUCACUGCUUAAGAUGGCUUCUUCCAAUUUUACCUUUUUUUAUAGGUUAUAUAUAAAGAGACUACUUCAGAGGGAUUAAGCAACGUCUCACAAGCUAGCAAAAACAGGUGUGGCCUUCUAAGGUAACCAGUGGCCAGUCACAGACCAAGUCUCUGUGUCCCUCCAUUCAGCCACAGAGCUGAAGCUCUGGAUUAGGUGCUGGGUUGAGGCUCACAGCUCUAGAACCAGGUGAGGUACUGAGCACCCUGCUGCAGUGGGAAGGUUAGUAGCCUGUCCUGCAUGUCCUGGGAUGGUGGUCAUCUCACAUGUUUGCCAGAUAGAAACCACUGGGUCCCAGACACCAUUGCCUAGCACUAUGGAUCACGCGCCUCACACUGCCUCACCGUGUCAGCAUAGACUUCCCUGGACAACAGUCCUGGACAAGCCACAAUGAACAGUUAGUUUUUUAAGCUCGAGGUUGCCUGCAAAUCCAGCUGACUUUCUUAGCUGCUGUCACAAAACCAUAAGUACUUCUAAAUAGUUUUUGCUUGCUUUAAUGCAGGCUGGCUUUGAACUAUGCAGUCCUGCCUCUGCCUUCCAAGUGCUGGAAUCUCAGUUGUGGGCCACCAUACCUACUGCUUGUUUUUAAAAUUGAUGAACCCUGGGCUGCAAGUGGUGCAGGUGGUAGAACGUCUGCCUAGGAAGCCUAGCAAGUGUGAGGCUCUCAUUGGUUUGUCCUUGGAGAAGGGUACAGUUUGCUCCUGAGAUGCCAGUUACGAAGCUAGGUGCUAGGUUUGAGUUGGGUGGGAGCCCUUGGCCCAGCUGGUGUGAGAGUCCCUGGGGUGGCACAGAGUCCCGGGCUUUUGGUGCUGCUGCCCCUGGUCCACUCAAGUUCUUCUAUCAAAUAAAAAAAUACAAAUAAAAAAGUUCUU